AUGAAGGUUGGAUAUGAAAAUGGUGCAACACUAGAGAAACUAAAAGGGCUUAUGUCCGUUGGGGUUCACAUCGAAAACACCAAGGCGGCAGUGGACGGAAAUAACUCACCGGUAAAUAUGGAUGACGACGUCGAUGAGAAUAUCGAAAACACCAAGGCUAUGGUGGAAAGAAAUAACUCACCGGUAAACAUGGAUAACGACGUCAAUGAGAAGCCUAAUAGUCCGGUCGGAAGAUUAAGAUAUAAUUCAAGCUCAAUGGUCAAUGCGACCAUGUGUGUAACAGCCCGAAGUCCAGGUAUUCCUCUGUUGGACAUUGCAUUUUGA